GGGUGUUCUUUUAGGUAAAUUAUUACACAACUGACGAAAAAGGAUAAAUGGAAACAUCGACAGCCGCCUCUACCUCGAAGUCAAAUAUACCUAAAAGCAACCCUGAUAAGUCAAAUCAAGCCAACACAUCCGAGACCACUGAUAGUAAUGGGACAACGGGAUCUUUUGAGUGUAAUAUAUGUCUUGAUUCAGCUCGAGAUGCGGUAGUUAGCAUGUGCGGCCAUUUAUUUUGUUGGCCAUGCCUCCAUCGUUGGCUUGAAACUUCUGAAACCCGCACGGUAUGCCCUGUUUGCAAGGCUGCUAUCAGUAGUGAUAAAGUCAUCCCCCUUUAUGGACGUGGUGCGGACCAUACACAAGACCCUCGUACUAAAAUUCCUCCCCGCCCAGCUGGUCGACGUACUGAACCAGAACCGGGGGUUGGAAGCUUUGGAAGUACAUGGGGAGGAUUGUUCGGUGGAUCUGAUGGAGGUAAUUUCCGAAUGUCUGUGGGCAUUGGUGCAUUUCCAUUCGGUUUCUUGUCAACAACAUUCAAUUUAGGAGGUAAUAGCAAUCCUGCAAAUUCACACAAUGUUAAUGGCGUCAGCAACCGAGCAAUACCACCAGACAAUUUUUGGGGAGCUGAUUCAGAAACAAUGUCAAAAAUAUGUUUAUUUAUUGCUAUAUUUUUUAUUGGUUGGUUAUUGAUUGCGUGAGUAAUUUUUCAGAGUAAUGUGAUAAACUACUUCAAUUCUAUUGUCGCUUGUUUAAUUUAUAAUUUAUUUUGAGCGCUUUUUUCCCCAAUGCAAAUCGACAUUUCAUUUUUGAUAACUGUUUACUAGUUAAUUAAAUAUAAUUUCAAUGAUUUUUCAUUACUGUUAACUAUAUCUGAAUAACAUCCAUUUGAAUACGGAAUUUUAUUCAUGUAUUUUAAAGCGUUAUGCAUCAUGAAUAAAAGUCUUACAAAAAUUCUUGUCGUCACUGCUAGUGUAUAAUGUUUCUCAAACUUUUAAUUUCGUUUUUGUUGAAAUUUCAUUUCUGUUCUCAGCUUUAUUUCUCCACCUUCCUAUUUAUUUUUUUACAUAUAAUAUGAUGGUUGAUAUACUAGAUUAUUUGUCAAAUUUUACUGUAUGUAAUCGUAUGUGUAAUUCAAUAUUUCUUCAUUACACUCUUAUUAACCUUGUAAAGUAAUGAUUUCAUACGUUUGAUAGAAAACAAUUGUAUUGUAUGAUUUGCGUACUACACUACCAAUGAUUAACGGAGUUUCGGUUGGUUUUAACAAUAUUUGGACCAUAUUCGACUUAAAUAUGUUUAUAUUUAUUGCAAUACGUACAAGUAUUAUGGGAGAUCUCACUUGAUACUAAACUACAUUGAGUAACAAUUUCAAUCCUGUUGGAAUUAUUCAUUUUUCUGUGAGUACUAAUGACUGUUUAUAGCAUUAGACUUAUUCAAUACUUAUUAAUUGUUAUUUUCUACUUACAUAUAACAUAAGUGUAAUUGUAUGCUAAUUUCUAUUAUGUCUAUGGUUUGUAUAUCACGAUGUGUUAAUAAAUUAUUUCAUACGAUCA